UUAAUUUGACUAGCGUGUAUCUGUUUGACGAAAACUGCCCCAAUUCGUCCAUUUACCAGCUGCAACCGAAGAACCUUUUACAAGAAAUCUGAAACCCCAAUUUCAGAUCUGAUCUUCUUCUUCUUCUUCUUCUGAUUGAGUUGUUAACUGCAGCGGCGGUGGCUGUAAAGAUGCCGGUGGCUGCUUCCGCUAUCUACUUCUUAAACCUUCGCGGUGAUGUCCUCAUUAACCGUCUUUAUCGCGAUGACGUUGGGGGAAAUAUGGUUGAUGCCUUUAGACUUCACAUAAUGCAAACAAAGGAACUAGGCACAUGUCCCGUUCGCCAGAUCGGCGGUUGCUCGUUUUUCUAUAUGAGAAUUAGCAAUGUCUACAUUGUCAUUGUUGUCAGCAGUAACGCCAAUGUAGCAUGCGCCUUCAAGUUUGUUGUUGAGGCGGUUAAUUUAUUUAAAUCGUAUUUCGGCGGUGCUUUUGAUGAGGAUGCCAUCCGCAACAACUUUGUAUUGAUAUACGAGUUAUUAGACGAAAUUAUGGAUUUUGGUUAUCCACAAAAUCUUUCGCCAGAAAUAUUGAAACUUUACAUUACUCAAGAGGGUGUACGCUCACCAUUCUCAUCAAAGCCUUCAGAUAAACCGGUUCCCAAUGCUACUUUACAAGUAACUGGUGCGGUCGGAUGGCGUAGGGAAGGUCUUUCUUAUAAAAAGAAUGAAGUGUUUUUGGAUAUUGUAGAAAGCGUUAAUCUUCUUAUGUCUUCAAAAGGUAGCGUACUUCGUUGUGACGUAACGGGAAAGAUUCUCAUGAAGUGUUUUCUUUCGGGUAUGCCGGAUUUGAAGCUGGGAUUAAAUGACAAAAUUGGACUCGAAAAAGAAUCUGAACUUAAGUCGCGCCCUACUAAGAGUGGGAAAACUAUUGAGCUGGAUGACGUUACGUUCCAUCAGUGUGUAAACUUGACCAGAUUUAAUUCAGAAAAAACCGUCAGCUUUGUGCCACCGGACGGUGAAUUCGAACUAAUGAAGUACCGUAUCACUGAAGGUGUAAAUCUUCCAUUCCGCGUAUUACCGACCAUCAAAGAAUUAGGCCGGACGCGCAUGGAAGUUAACGUUAAGGUAAAGAGUGUUUUUGGUGCAAAAAUGUUUGCGCUUGGAGUCGUGAUCAAGGUUCCGGUACCGAAACAGACCGCAAAAACGAGUGUUCAAGUGACAUCUGGACGAGCAAAGUACAACGCUUCUCUCGACUGUUUGAUGUGGAAGAUACGAAAAUUCCCGGGACAAACUGAAUCGACUUUGAGUGCGGAAGUGGAAUUGAUUUCGACGAUUGUGGAAAAGAAGUCGUGGACUAGACCACCAAUACAAAUGGAGUUUCAGGUUCCUAUGUUUACGGCCUCUGGAUUAAGAGUCAGGUUUCUCAAGGUGUGGGAGAAGAGCGGGUACAACACGGUUGAGUGGGUGAGGUAUAUCACGAAAGCGGGUUCAUAUGAGAUCCGAUGCUAGAUUAAACGACAUUCUUUUCUUUAAGUUGUGUGCUAUAGAAAGGAUUGGAUUGGAUUGAAAAUUUGAUUUUAUAAAGGCAUGUUCUUUGAUAAGACUUUAUGAUAUGUUGUAGAAUUUGAAGUGGUUAUAAAUUUUCUUGCUUUAUGUUUGAAUUUCA